UUGGAAGGACUAUUUUGGAAUAAAGGGGAACACUAUCAGUUAAACUAGCCAGCCACCUUUUCUGCCCCAACCUUCUACAUACUUUCUCAUUCAUCGAAAAAAUAAAUUCAGGAGAGCAAAAUUCUCGAAUUUGGAUGGUCAUGGCAGAAAACUAAUUGCAGCAGAAAGCAGCACGGAGCGGAAGAUUUUGUCAAUUAAUAAUCCGCUCGUUGAUCUGUGUGAUAAGCUUUCGAUUUUCCCCUAAUUUUGUUAAUUCGAUUGAAUUAGGGUUUCGCAGUUGUAUUAGAUUGUCGUUAAUUUUUUCCCCAAUUCAUGCUUCAGUUUUUUUGUAGUAGUAGUUUGAUUGAUUUAUCGGCUAAUUGUAUCUUGUAUCCCUAUACUACACAUUAACAGAUUUCUCGUUCUUUCUCGCUCUUUAUUUCUUAGUUUUUUUGUUUCCUAUUUUAUUUUAUUCAAUUCUCCGAGUUGUUGAUCAAGUUCAUGUGCAAAAGCUUAUAUUUUGGAAAAUAAAGCAAAAAAAAAAAAACAGAUACGGAAAAUAAAAGAAUUCUGGAAAUAAAUAGUGGAAAAAAGCAAACAAUUUUGCUGAUAGUGAUAAUAUUAUAGAAAAAAAAAGAAAGAAAUUUGUUAGGGAAAAGCAGGAAGAAGGGUUUUAUACUUUUAUCCUGUAAGCUGAAUAAAUGGCUAGCUCGGGAGCGGCCAAUCAACAUAACGGGCAACGACUGGGCAUAACCGAGCCAAUAUCGUUUGGAGGACCAAUGGAAUAUGAUGUGACCAAAACCCACGAACUUGAAAAGUUUUUAGAAAAUGUGGGUUUGUAUGAGCAUCAGGAAGAAGCCGUGAGAAGGGAGGAAGUGCUUGGGAGAUUAGACCAGAUUGUAAAGCUGUGGGUGAAAACAAUUAGCCGAGCCAAGGGUUUGAAUGAGCAAUUGGUACAGGAAGCAAAUGCAAAGAUUUUCACGUUUGGGUCGUAUCGCCUUGGGGUGCAUGGUCCUGGAGCUGAUAUAGAUACCCUGUGUGUCGGCCCUAGACACGCGACACGAGAGGAUGAUUUCUUUGGAGAACUCCACAGGAUGCUUUCUGAGAUGCCAGAAGUUACAGAGUUGCACCCUGUGCCUGAUGCUUUUGUGCCAGUGAUGAGAUUUAAGUUUAAUGGGGUGUCCAUAGAUCUUCUUUAUGCAAAAUUGUCGCUCUGGGUGAUUCCUGAAGACUUGGAUGUCUCCCAAGAUUCAAUUUUGCAAAAUGCAGACGAGCAGACUGUUCGCAGUCUUAAUGGUUGUAGAGUUACAGAUCAAAUUUUGCGCUUGGUGCCAAAUAUACAGAAUUUCCGUACUACACUUAGAUGCAUGAGAUUUUGGGCAAAGCGCCGUGGUGUCUAUUCAAAUGUGGCUGGGUUUCUUGGUGGUAUUAAUUGGGCACUACUAGUCGCUCGUAUUUGUCAGUUGUACCCCAAUGCAUUACCCAAUAUGUUAGUCUCUCGCUUCUUUAGGGUUUUUACACAAUGGAGGUGGCCCAACCCUGUCAUGCUCUGUGAUAUUGAAGAGGGAUCACUUGGUCUGCAAGUUUGGGAUCCGAGGAGGAAUCCCAAGGAUAGAUACCAUUUGAUGCCUAUAAUAACUCCUGCGUAUCCAUCCAUGAACUCUAGUUAUAAUGUCUCAUCAAGUACUCUGCGAAUUAUGACAGAAGAGUUCCAGAGGGGACAUGAAAUUUGUGAGGCAAUGGAAUCUAGCAAUGGUGACUGGGAUAUGCUUUUUGAGCCGUAUCCUUUCUUCGAAGCGUAUAAAAACUAUUUGCAGAUAGACAUCAACGCUGAAAAUGCUGAUGACUAUCAGAAAUGGAAAGGUUGGGUAGAGUCUCGUCUUCGUACACUUACGUUAAAGAUUGAGAGGCAUACGUAUAAUAUGCUUCAGUGCCAUCCUCACCCAGGUGAAUUCACAGAUAAUUCCAAACCUUUUCAUAGCUGUUAUUUCAUGGGUUUGCAACGUAAAAAAGAGGUUCCAGCUAGUGAAGGUGAACAGUUUGAUAUAAGGAUGACUGUUGACGAUUUUAGGCAAACUGUCAAUAUGUAUACCAUGUGGAAACCUGGAAUGGAGAUCCGCGUAAGCCAUGUAAAGCGAAGAAGUAUACCUGCUUUUGUAUUUCCUGGGGGUAUUAGACCUCGUCCUGCAAAAUCUUCAGGAGAUAAGCGAUCUUUAGAGAUGAAGUCUGGUUUUGAUAAGAAGCUAGAUGAUGGGAAGAAGAGAAAAAAGGAGAAUGGUGGCGAUAGCACGACUAGUGUUGGAGUGGGAUUAACCAAGAACUCAGCUUCUUUGCCUUGUUUAAGUGAAGGAGGUCAUGCAGGUAGUCCCAUCAGCACCGCAACUUCUUUAGUAAAGGUGGACCAUCUAGAAAUGGAUGGAGUUAUUGAGCCGAAGACUGAGAAAAUAGAUACAGAAAUGUUGCAUCCUGCAACCAAUGGUGCACUUAAUGGAUCUGUCCAACAAAGCCCGCCUUUGAGGACUGCAUCAGCUCCUAUUGCGUCAUCUAACUCCGAAGAAGCAGAGACGUUGGCAAUUGAGAAAAUGAUGGCAGGUCCAUAUGGCACCCAUCAAGCAUUACCUGAGCUUGAUGAGUUAGAGGUUGACAUUGAAAAUGCUGAUCAAGUUGGAGAAGUUGCUGAGCUGUCGCUGGAGUCUGAAGCAUUGGAAAUUGGAAUUCCUGGUGCUACUGCUGCCCAUUCCAGUUCAUUUGCUAUUGCGAGUUUGGAGGAGCUUGAGCCUGCUGAACUAAUGGCACCAUCUGUUCAAAUAAAUCCGGCUCCUGUAAAGCCACUUAUUAGGCUCAGCUUCACGUCCUUGGGUAAAGCUACAAGUCACGGCUCGUGAAGUAGCAAGUUAAAAGAUUUCAACUUAAGCCAGCUGCAGUGCUUAGGGGUUGAUGUUCCGUAAGAAUACCUCUCCAUCAGAAUUUAGAACUAUACAUUCUGGUGUGAAGGGGUUUGUAUAAAAUUGUCAAUAAAUUUUGAAUUGAAUCAAUUAGUGCCUUGUCAUCCAUGAGAUUGUAGGAGGUGCACAGUAGUUUGCGCUACCAACAUUUACGAGAACAGUAUAUAAGGAAUUUUUUUUAACGCAACAA